AUGAAAUUUCAUAAAAGAAAAAAAACUUUAAAAAAAAACAGAAAUAACAAUAUUAAUCAUACAAAAAAUAAUAAUGAUUCUGAAAUAGAAUCAGAUGAUAUAUUAUCAUCAGCAGAAUCAAAUGACAAUAAUUUGGCUCUUUUACAUAAAAAAAAAAAAAUAAAUGAUAAUAUAAGUGAUGAUGAUGUAAAUGAUAAUAAUAAUUCUAAUGACGACGAAAAUGAUGAUAUUUUUAACAAUCCAGAGGAGAGAAAAAUAUAUUUAGCUAAAAAAUAUUUAAAAGAUUUAGGUGUUCAAAGUUCAGAUAGAGAUAAUUCUUCAGAGUCAUCAGUAAAUAGUGAUGAUGAACAAAAAUUAAGUAAAUUAAGUAAUGAUCUUUCUUCUGAUGAAAAUGAAGAAAAAAAAAAAAUAAUAAGUAAAAUGCUAAUGGAAAAAGAAAAAUCCAAAAGUGUCAAGUCUAUUUUAAAUUUAGGAAAUAAAGUAAAAAUAUUUUAUGAUGAAGUAUUAUCUACGAAAUCAUUAAAUAUCAAUAAAAAAGAUACAAAAAACGUUGACACCUUGAAUAAUAAAAUUGAUGAAAAUGUCAUAUUUUUUCGUGGACACAAGAAAAGUGUUACUUGUGUUGCAUGUCCCGAUUAUAAUUUAUCCUUUUUAGAUCAGUACGAUUAUACAUAUAGUAAUAAUAAAUAUAAAGGAUACAAUAAUGGAAAAUUUUACGAACAUGAUAAUAAUAAUACUGAGAAUUAUUCUUUUAGUUGGCAUGAUAAUAUUAAUUAUAACGACAAUAAUGUAGAUCAUAAAGAAAUAAUUAUUGAACCAAAAAUAUUUGAAAAUACAUCAAUUAGUACAAUUUAUACUGGUGGAAAAGAUGCUUGUAUUAUAGAAUGGGAUUUAAUUAAAGGAGAAAAGGUUCACAUCUAUAAAGGAUGUUCAAGUUCUUAUACAAAAUUUGGGAAUAAAGGUAUAAAUCAUUUUAAGAGUGUUAUGGAUAUUUAUUGUCAUAAAUUUAAUUCUUUUUUUAUAUCUGUUGGUUCUGAUAAUUUAAUAAAUGUAUGGGAUAAUAGGAUAAAAAAGGAAUGUAUAAAUUCAAAUGUUGGUCAUAAAAAUAUCAUAAGUGGAAUAAUUGGAUGUAAUGACACUACUGAAGAAUUACAUAUUGAUCAUAAUUUUUUUACAUCAUCAUAUGAUAAAACAAUUAAAUUAUGGGACUUACGUUUUUUUGAUAAAUGUAUAAAUACCUAUUUAGGUCAUACCAAUAAUAUUUUGAGUAUGAAUUCCAUAAGUCAAAAUAAAUUAGUAACUAGCUCUAGCGAUUAUACAUUACGUAUAUGGAAUACAAAAAAUGAUAAUCAUAUUUUGUAUAGUAUAAAUUAUGAAAUUAUUGAAUCUUGUUGUACACUUAAUAAUAAAAUAUUUAUUGCUGGAACAUUUUCUGGUCAUAUUUAUAUUUUUACAUCUUCAUAUAAAAAACCUAUUUGCAUACAAAAAAAUGCACACAGUGCAUAUUCUAUAACAGCUCUUAUAAGUAUUCCUUUUACGAAUAUAUUUAUUUCUGGAUCUUAUGAUGGAUAUGUUCAUUUUUGGGAGUACAAAAAUAUUAACAAAAUAGCUGGAAAUGUUAAUAAAAUUCUGACUGUUCAGAUUUAUGGUACUAUAAAUAAAUUUUCAUUUUCACAUAAUUAUAAAUAUUUAUUUAUUGCUGUUGGUAAUGAAAUGAAACACGGUACUUGGACAAGAACAAAAAAUAAAAGUGGAUUAGCAAUUAUACCCUUACAUUUUUUAUCCUAA